GACUCGCAGAGACUUGCAUUCGUAAGAGUGAAGCUUGGUGUAAGAGUGGAUCCAUGCGGGCUCACCGCCCAAGCCCUACUAACUAAAUCCCCUACGUGGACUCCACAUGGAGAUCACUAGGCUGUGUGUGUGUGUGUAAGUAUACAUACAUAUGCGCCACAGACGAAUGCUACUCCGUGGACAAAUUUAGAAGGUAGCUCUAGAGCCGAGGGAGAGAAGAGACGGAAGGAGAUUAGGAGAAGCGACCGUCGGCCGGCCAGGACGGCGACGGGAUAUAUGGCUGCCAACUCGCCGGCGGCGGCGGUGAAGGGCGUGGCGAAAACAUUGGCUCGCCGCCGGCAGGCCGUGGUUGGGUUCCUGUUCGCUCUCGUCGUCAUCCUCGUGCUUCACACCACCGUGGUGUUUGGCCCGUUCCAGCCGACGAAUGGCAAUGUCAUUAUUCAGUCCCCAACUGGUGAGCAAAAUGCGAGGACCUCUUCUCCUCCAGCGUCACCAGCGUCGUCGGUGCCUAACAAUUCUACUCAAGCUGCACUACAUGACAUAGAGAACGGGCAGAAGGACGACGCAACCAAGAAGGAAGGCCAAACAGUAAAAAAUGAUGCUAGUGACAAAAUGCAGGCAGAGCUCAUCCGGCAAGAACUCGAUCAAGACGUCAAGCAUGGUGCACCAAGCAAGCCCAUCUGCGACCUCUCUGACCCAAGAUACGACAUCUGCGAGAUCUCCGGUGACGCCCGUGCCAUUGGUACGAACCGUACCGUGCUCUAUGUCCCUCCUGUCGACGAGCGCGGCGCAGACGGCCCGGAAUGGGCCAUCAAAGACCAGUCGCGCAAGUACCUGGAGGACAUCAUGGAGGUGAAGGUCAAGACCCUGAGCGCCGCCCAGAGCCUGGUGGCGCCGGAGUGCACCUCCAAACACGAUGUCCCGGCCAUCGUGUUUGCCAUGAAUGGGAUCAUUGGCAACCCAUGGCACGACUUGAGCGACGUCCUGAUCCCGCUCUUCAUCACCGCCCGCGCCUACGACGGCGAGGUCCAGUUCCUUGUCACCGAGCUCCAGCCGUGGUUCGUGGAGAAAUACCGCCUCAUCCUCACCAACCUGUCACGCUACGACAUCGUCGACUUCAACAAGGACUCCGGCGUCCGGUGCUACCCGCACAUCGUAGUCGGCCUUCACAGCCACGGCGACCUCGACAUCGACCCGGCCCGCACGCCGCGCAACUACACAUUGCUGGACUUCCGCCUGUACAUCCGGGACAUCUUCUCGCUCCCAUCAAAAGGCAUAGGAAUCCCAUACAAGGAAGCCAAUAAGAAGAACUCAACUGAUGACAACACUACUGUCACCGAAAAACAAAAGCCGCGGCUCUUGCUCAUCAAUCGUGGCAUGAGUAGGAAGUUCGUCAACCUUCCGGAGAUCACCGCGGCGGUGCAGGCAGCCGGGUUUGAGGUGCUGGUCGUGGAGCCGCACCGUGACAUGAGCCUCGAGGAGUUCGCCCGGAUGCUGGACUCGUCCGACGUGCUGAUGGGCGUGCACGGGGCCGCGCUCACAAACUUCUUCUUCCUGCGCACCAACGCUGUCGUCCUGCAGGUGGUGGGGUUGGGCCUGGAGCGCGAGGCCAUGCAUUACUAUGGAGCGCAGGCCAUGAAGGUGAUGUUGCAACACGUUGAGUACUUCAUCGCCGCCGAGGAGAGCACGCUCUACGAGAAGUACGGCAAGGACCACCCGGCGGUACGUGACCCGGACUCGAUACACAAGCAGGGAUGGCAGGGUGCAAAGCAGUACUUCUGGGCGGAGCAGGACAUUAGACUCAACGUCACCAGAUUUGCUCCCACGCUGCAUCAGAUACUUCAGACGAUCCGGGAAUAGAAGAAGCAGAUGUGGGAUAUAUACCACUAGCUAGUACUCCCUUUGUCUUAGUGUUAAAAUCGCCUUAUGUUAUUUAUAUGGGGGUUGCUACGCAUCCGCCGGUAGAUGAAUUGAAAACAUCAUCCACCUCCUUCACCGUUGGAUUGUGACACAAACAGCCGGCAGAUCUCUCCUAAGGUGCACGUCGCAAAAUGCAACAAGAUAGAUGUUGCGUAGCUCGCUAUGCAACAACAGCUUUGUUGCGAAACCAUUGAAGUGUUGGACUCUGUUGUGUUUGCAACAAACAUUUUGUUGCAGAAACAUUUACAAAACGGAGAUGGUGUUGCAGAAUUUUUUGUUCUCGUCUUUACUAUUUUUGCAACAUAGA